UUAACAUCAUCAGUUAGUCUAUUCUGUUGAGUUAGAGAGUGGUCCACUCGUGCUUUCUGCCAUGCGCAUGGGGAUCGAAAGUACCAUCGUAUUUGCUGCUGUCGUCUUGAUGGUUGCACAAAAUUUAUCAGCCCUUCCACUUCAGGGGCUGGAGAAUGGCGGGCUCGAAAGAGCGAGGCGUGGUCGUCUACUGAAAGGGCUCUUGUUAGGUGGCGCCCUCUACGGAGGCACGAAGCUUACCGUCCACGAGGUUAAGAAGCACAACCCAUGCGCCUUCCACAAUUCGGGCAUCACUGACCAAGGCGAGAUGGAGAACAAGAUGGCGGCCGACCAGCGAUGCCAGGAGUACUUCCAGAAGUACCAGAGCCAACUCAACCUCUGCCCUAACGCUGUCAGCGCCUCCUGUCAGAGUAUUGGCGGCGAUACAAAAUGUGCCGUCACAACAGCCGCAGGAACAUUCAAGCCAGUCAGCAGCUGUGUGUCGUAGAGUUCUGCACUGCGAGAAGAUAUGAAGGGAAUCGAAAAUGCAAAAGGGCACUUUUUGAUAAAACUGAGAUUGUAGCAACAAUGAAUAGAACUUUUCGAUCUGCAUUUAAAAAUAAAAAAUAGAAUAAAUUUGGCGAAAAUUUGGGGAUCUAGGACUUCUAUGAGGAAAUUUAUCCACCCAAAUUUUGACAAUUUUCAAAAAAUGAACUAUGACUGAAAUGAAUAAAAUCGCUGAGAGGUAUUAGAUAG